AUGGCACCAGUCAGUACGAUAACGAACAACAGCGCGACUCAGGAUAGAGAUCAAAUCGUCGACAGUAUCCUCCACUUGGCGCAAAAGGAACAACAGAAGGGAAACCAGUCCAUCACUCAGGAAAAACUUGACAGUCUCAGCCGAUACGUGCUCGAACAGAAGAGAAAAAAGGCGCUAACAGUCGAAAAGAGUCACAGUAGUAAGCCGCUACCGCUCCCACUGUACUCUGCCCUAUACACCAAGUUCGACCUCAAGAAAAAGGCAGCCGGACCGACGCCGAGAGACAAGGCGAGCGUCGACCCAAACACAUCCUCAGGAUCGAAGACACGCCGCCCACCUAAUUCAAGGAGAACACCAAGACAGAAAUUGACAUUCAAAGCAGUCGAAAGAAUCGUCAUUGAAGUAUUGGAAACCACCGCUAACAUCCUAGACAACUUACAUCUUUUCUCCAAGAUGCCCAUGUUCCCGAAGGUGCUAGUGAAUUUGCUCAAGCAGACGAACAAGCUCUGGAUCCUCAUCUUGGUUUUCCUUAUUAGGAAGACGAUAUCGCAGCUAUUGAACGUAAUCCGAAAGGAAAAGAAGGUGGAGAGCGAGUUGAAGAUUGUAAGAAAGAAUGGAUCGAAGUUGCUCGAGGGCGGUAGAGAUGAUGGUAAUAUAUUUAAAAGGUACGAGAAGGUGUUGAAAGAUCUCAGUUUUGACAAGAUGAUGCUUAAAAUUGAAUUGGUGGGGAACUUCUUAGACUUGGCAUUUAAUGUAAUUGAAUUCUAUGGAAUACCUGUGCCUGACUGGUUCAUGAGCGGUUUGAACGUGGCUUCAAUGUUCAUGACCAUUUACAGAAUGAAUAAAGAUGACGAGUAUGUGGAUGAUGAUAUCAGUGAAGAGCUUUUGUAA